AUGUUGGCGAGCCUCAUAUUGGGACUCUUCGUCCUCAAAGCAGUGGUGGCCAACCCCAGAUUUGCCCGGCAGGUGGGAUUAGACUCGUACGACAGCUCCAACUAUGAUGUGGAUCUAGAAAACUUGAAUUUGGAGAAUCGGGAUGUCUAUGAUUAUGAAGAUGGACUGACUAUUGAUGAACCUCAGAUAGAGAUUGGCACACUGGCCCCACCAGAUUACAACUACCCUGGCCCUGGGGGCCCUGCAUCACUGGAGGAGGAAGAGGAGGACGAGUUGCCCCUAAGACCCCAGCUCAUCCCCCAAGGCUCAGGGGGGUCUGGGGUACUCAUGGGCCCCGACGCACAGGGAGAGGAGGAGCUGCGCCUGAGUCCCAUUGACAUUCUUCAUAUCUCCGGGGACUUUGGGGGUUCCGCGGGUUCUGGAGGUUCCGGUGGCUCUGGGGUUUCCGGAGGUUCUGGGAGUUCCGGAGACCUUUUGGCUUCCGGUUCUGGGGACCUUUUGGUUUCUGGAGGCUCAGGGGGUUCCAGGGAAAUUAGUUCAGCAGGUUCUGGGGAUCUUGGUUCUGGGGGUUCCAGGGUCCUUGGUUCCGGAGACUCUGUGGGUUCCGGGGACCUUGGAUCCGGAGGCUCUGUGGGUUCCGGGGACCUUGGUUCUGGACGCUCUGGGGGUUCUGGGGACCUUGGUUCUGGAGGCUCUGGGGAUCUUGGUUCUGGAGGCUCUGGGGGUUCCGGGGAUAUUGGUUCCCGGGGCUCUGGAGGUUCCGGCACCCUCAUAGGCUCAUGGGGUUCCGGGGUCAUAUUGGGUUCCAGUGCUGAGGGUUGCGGAGGUUCUGGAGGUUCCGGGGACUCAGGAAUAAUAAUUAUAUCUGGAGAGGAGGAGCUGCACCUCAUUCCUGACACUACCCCCCAGGAGGCAUCGGGUGCUUCUGGGGAGUCUGGGGCCUCUGGCACCUCAUUGGCCUCAGGGUCUGGAGGCUCCUACUCUGGUGGGUCAGAGGUCACAUUAAUCCCUGACCCUGAAGAGGAGGAACUGCUCCUGACUACUCCGAAAACCCCUCAGGAGUCUGGAGGUACAGUAGGCUCAGGGGGCUCUGGGUUGCCAGAGGUUGACUUGGACAUUAAAGGUAUGCCUACCUGCCUGCUGUGCACCUGUCUGGGUGGUUCUGUCUACUGUGAUGAUGUGAAGCUGACCAGCGUGCCGCCUCUCCCCAAAGAGACCACUCACUUCUACGCCCGCUACAACCACAUCACCAAGAUCAACAAGGGCGACUUCGCUCAGAUGAACAAGCUGAAGAGGAUCGACUUGACCGCCAACGAGAUUGCAUCCAUCGCUGAUGAUGCGUUCUCCGGCCUGCCCGUGCUGGAGGAGCUGGUGCUCCGUGAGAACGGAGUGUCACAGCUGCCUGCCCUUCCACCCGUGAUGACCCUCAUCGACGCCAGCCACAACAACAUUGGCGCCACAGGCAUCCACAAAGAGGCUUUCAAGGACAUGACGGGUCUGCUGUACCUGUACCUAACAGACAACCACAUCGACCACAUCCCUGUGCCCCUACCGGACAGCCUGCGCUCUCUGCACCUACAGCGCAACAACAUUCAGAUGAUACACGAGGACACGUUCUGCAACCUGAAAGACUUCAACUACAUCAGGAACGCACUGGAGGACAUUCGCCUGGACGGCAACCCCAUCAACCUCAGCAGGACCCCACAGGCCUAUGUGUGUCUGCCCCGCGUCCCCAUCGGAGCCCACAUCUAACCACACACUGAUCAAUACACACACAUCUUUACACAGCUCAACUCAACAUC